GUAAAAAAAAAACUUUUUUAGAUUUUUUGGGAGAUUUGACCAUUAUUUUUUGUUACUCGGUUUUUCUCUAUUCCAAAAACGUGUACUUUUAAAAAUUACUUCAUAAAAAGGAAAGAAAUUCUAGUGGGGAAAAAGGAAAUUAGUUAUCUCGUGAAAUUAAGAUGAUAUAUACAGCCAACCUACUUUUAUUGACCAAACUUGAUUUUAAAGAAAGAUAGCAAAAGAGAGAACAAAGACGAAGACUCUCAUCGCCUCUUCUCUUCCCCACCUUCCUCCCUAUUGAUGAUCUUGGAGCAAGAAUCAUGAGCAUCCUUCACAGGUUUCUGUCGAAGGAUAUGACCAACACCCCGUACUGUGGAUCCAAGGGUUGCAAAGAAGAGCACGCAGCUUCAGAUGUUUGUGGACCCAUUUGUUAUAAAGAGUGUCCUUCAAUCUGCCCGAACGUCGAUGUUACAGAUCUUUCUCCACCUCCAGUGAUUCACCACUACAUAGACGAAAACGUGAAAAGGAUCUUGAUCAUCUCAACUACUUCUAUCAUCACAACUCUCUUUCUCCUUACUCUACUCGUUCUCUGUUUCAAGUGGUACAACAGGAGAAGAUCAAUAGCGUUAUCAAGAAGAUGGAGCAUGGAGGAAGCUAGGAACUGGGAGUUUGAUGGACCGUCACCGGUUAUUGUUGAUCAUCCGGUUUGGCAUAUAAGAACCAUCGGUUUGAAUCCAACGGUUAUAAGCUCGAUCAAAGUUUGUAAGUAUAGCAAACAAGAUGGUGUUGUGGAAGGAACAGAUUGUUCGGUUUGUUUAAGCGAGUUCGAAGAAGAAGAGACGCUUAGGUUGUUACCAAAGUGUAGACAUGCUUUUCAUGUUCCUUGUAUUGAUACUUGGCUUAGAUCACACACGAACUGCCCGGUUUGUCGUGCUCCUGUUGUUGCGGUAAGUGGUGAUGAUAGUGAAGGUGUUGAGGAGAUCCUUGUGAGGAUUCCAGAGGAGGAAAGUGGAGAACUCGAUGAAGAAGCCGAGAGAGGUGGUGAGGAAGAAGCUGACGAGUUUUUUAGUGUUGUUGUUAGUGAUGAAGAAGAAGAGAAGUCGCUGCAGCGAGUGAGAAGGUCAGUGUCUUUGAGCUCGUUAUCGGGUUUAAGGGUGAGUGAAGUUGUUGCUGCUGGUAGAGGAAAAGAGAAGGUGAAGAGAGGCAAUGUUGGAUCUUCUGGGAGGUCAAGUUUCUUGAAGAGGUCUAUCUCUUACAAUGGUGAGUAGAACAAGCUCUAUGCAAGUUUCUUGAAGACAUAUACAAAUGUACUAUAUACUUUCUUGAAAGAAAAUCAAAAUAAGAAAAAUAAAUAUGUAUUUAAGGUGAUAUAAAGAGGAUGAUCCUACUGCAUAUUGUUUAUCAAAGCUGCUACUCUUGUCAAGUUAAAAGAGUUCUUACAGCUUAUACUUUGCUUUAGAUACAAUAGGUUGUAAGUUGAUUAAGUAUUAAUUAGUAUAUAUACCAAGGUUUCAUUUUGAAUGCUACUCUUUUUAGCGUUCUUGAACAACUGAUCUGGAACUUUUAUCGAAAACUCUUCAUAAACAUUUGUACCCAGCAGCUAUGUCCUAACACGAGACUGCUGUUUUCCCAUGUAAACCAGUUAAAUAUGAAUUGAUCAACUCUUCAGGGCGUUCACCAAACUAAAUCCACUUAAGUUGAUGUAUGGAGUUAGGUGACAAAAAUACAUAUUUUUCUUCUAAAAUUGAACUUAUCCUAAACAUAAAAACGUUCACCCGUUACUCAAAACAUAUAAUACCCUGAACUUAAAUUUUUUUUUUAGUAAAAACUAAAAACAGCCCCUCCUCAUGUGAAAUUGGGAUUUAUUUGGGCAUCUGCUUACAAUGUUUUGUUCCUCCUUAUAUUAACUUCACGCUGUUUUACAUAUAAAAAGGACACACAACAAAACUUAUUAACAGGGAAAUGUUAAGCCAAGAGGUUUUAAAUAAAAGUAGUGGAAAUUCUAGGAUCUUAAACUCAUAAUCUCCACCAUACACUAAAGUCAGCCUUUAAAAAUUUUAAGUUAAAAGAUAAUAUUCAUUAUAUACCAAAAAGAAAAAUCAAACUGGAAACACAAAAAAAAAACUGGUGGUCUUGUACAACCAUCAGAUCACUAUCACAUGGAAACUGGUUCUUUGAUCAGAAAAUAAAAAAGAGGAAACUGGUUCAAAAAAAUGGACUUAUAGAAAGAUACUUAUCUGCAUUAACAUUUACUGAAUUCAAAUUUUAAAUCUUUGAAGAUAGUAAAUUUCCCUAAAAUUAAUCAUGUUAUUAGUCCUUGAUCUAAAAUGCUUUUGACAAGUACAAAAGGAAUUUGAGAGUGGGGUCCAAAGCUGACACGGCACAAACACUUUGGUUUCUCCGUCUUUGUUGGAGAAAUGCAUUCACAUCCACUUCUUUUACAGAAACAAAUAAAAAUUCAAUUUUUUUUUAAUUUAAAUCUCUUCUUGCCUCUUCGAUCUCUCAGAUGAACACUCUUUGUCCCUUGUUGUCGCAUAUUCGAAAUACCCAGCUUUCCUUUCAUGGCAUCUUCCUCUCCCACUCACCUCUCUCUCUCCCUUGAUCCUUCUUCUUCCUCUUCCACCUCUCUCCUCAAUCUCCAAAGAACGAUCUCAGGUUCUAACGACUUUGAGAAGACCCACUUGAGAAUUCCCGUUUCUUUCAGG